AUGCUUGCAAUUCAACGUCUUAAUAUGGGUUCGUCGAAGCCACCCGAACUUGAUAUGCCGUUUGGCUACGCAUUUGAUUCAAAUUCCACUUUUCCUUUCCCUUCACCUACAGCUCCAGCUCCAGGUCCGCCAUUACUCGAUGAUAGCGAAUCCACCCUUCUCGAUACUUUCUUUGACGGAGUAAGCUCUGAUCAUUUUAAUUACGACUUCUUCCCAAAUACACAAGAUGGAGGGGAGCUUGGAGGAGGGUGGGAAGAAUUACCCCCGGCAUUUAUGGGAACGAGGGUUACUUUUGAUCAACAACCUCAACUUUCGAAUCCAAUGUCCUUGAAUUUUGGUGAUAGGAAUACCGGAAUGCAUCCACCACUAUCUCAAGCAUCUUUGUCACAUUUGCCACCUUCGACUGAAUCCGCAGAUGUUUUAGCAGCGGCUACCGUGUUACAAAAUGGAUCAAAUGCUCGAUCGCAUAGUUUAAGCAGUGAGACUUUGUUUGGAAAUCAUGGCCUACCAUCGCAUCCGGGAAAUCAUCACAUCAGACCACAAUCCAUGCCGCAUUAUCCUACCCCAAUAUCAGGACUGGAUAGACCUCGAGAUGGAUUCAUGCGCGAUACUUUAUAUACUGAAAUGAUGUUUGGACCGAAUCAUGCCGGCCCGGACUUGAUGAGAAGACCAAAACCCGUUCCUCAAAAAGUCGACAUAAGAUGGGGUUCCGAUGCGGGAUUUGGAUCACCACAAGGAUUUGUUCCACCACCAAAUGUAGCAAAAGUCGACGAAGCGGAACGACAAAGAUUGCAGGCAUUCGAUGGAUUUAUCGGGGCAGCUCUAUGUGCGGAAAGUAGUGCGGAAAAUACGAGGCCGAAUAGUCCGACAAUGCAAAAGAAUAUACCACCGCAACGACGGCAAAGCUCGGGAGUUGUCAAGGAAGAAGACACGGAACCACCAAAGAAGCGACGGAAGAGUAAAUUUAGUCCUGUUGAAGAUGCGGGAGAAGAUGAUGAGGAACCGCAGCCUAAAGUGGACGGCAGGAAAAAGAGGAAAUCCGUGGUGAAACUUGGUGGAAGUUCCCCAGGACCAUCGGAAGCAGGUCACAAACGACGAAAAUCUACUUCGGCUGCGGCGAAAUCCACCCGAGAAAAUUUAACAGAAGAUCAAAAGAGAGAGAAUCAUAUCAAGAGUGAACAAAAACGAAGGACUUUAAUUCGAGAAGGAUUUGAGGAUUUAGGGGAAUUAGUACCUGGGCUAAGAGGUGGUGGGUUCAGUAAGAGUGCAAUCUUGGUAAUGACGGCCGAUUGGUUAGAGGAGUUAAUGCAAGGAAAUGAAGCUCUACGGAACAAGAUCGAUGCUGCGAAAGGCAGAUAA